UUAAAUAACCAUUUUAUGAUAUUUACUCCAAAACCGUCAAUAUGGUUAUUUUUCAACAAUUUUUCUAGAAAGAAUUUGAACCAUUUUGCUAGUUUUCGAGUAUAAACCAGAAAAUGGUUGAAUAAUUUGAUAUCGCCAUUUUGAAAGCGGCAAUUACAGCCGGACGCCCAUUAAGCAAAUUGUUUUCUUCCGCGGAACAGCAUCCAGUUUACAGAAAAAUCGGUUCUGGAAAUCGUGGAAACUUCGGAUUUGUAGGAGAUGGAGAAAGGGUACCGAUUGGAUGACGCCGGUUUAGGCACGACAGAUACACCAACAACAUUCAAUAGGGCGAGGACUCACUCACCGGUCCAUCGUUAUCAGCCACAGCUAAUGGAAGUACAAAAGGAAUUGUGUUUCACACCAUCCGGAAGCAGCUGGAACGGGCCGGAAUGUAUGGAAAACAUCACCAGCGAGUCAAAGGUUAUUCGCCAGACCCGCCUCCUCCACCCUCACCCCGUUAAGGAUAGCAGACUAGUGAUUAUUGUAUUGGCCAUUCCGCAAGAGGCCAUCCAUCCAUCCCAUCCCGGUAGCGCUCGUGGGGGAACUUUACUUUUGCUUAAAUUAAAAGGCUAUCAAAUGGGUCAUAGUUUAUAAGUAUUAUCAUAGUUUAUAAGAAAUAAAAUAAUUAUCCUGAUGACUCUUGUUCAUCUAAAUUCCUUCGACAAUUGUAAUCAAUUUCACAAAUCGCACAAAACAGCUCUUACGGUUGAAAAAUAACCAUUUUUCAAUUUCUACGGUAAUCUUUCU